UCCUCUGAAGAAACAAGAAAGAAAAAAAAAACAUAUAUGGAAACAUUUGGUAGAGUGGCGGUCACUAUAUUUAUAGUUGUGAUAGUGAGAUGGGGAUGGAAAGUGGUGAACUGGGUAUGGUUGAAGCCAAAGAAACUAGAGAAAUGGCUUAGAAAUGAAGGAUACAAAGGUAACUCAUACAAGUUUCUACUAGGUGACAUGAGAGAGUUUGCAAAAAUGGUGAAAGAAGGUAGAUCAAAGCCUAUUCCAAUGAUCACUCAUGAUAUCACUUCCUAUGCUCUCCCUUUUGAUCAUCACAUUAUCACCAAAUAUGGUGAAAAGGCGUUCAUAUGGUUGGGGCCAAAGCCAAGGGUGUAUAUAAAGGAUCCAGAGUUGGUAAAAGAGAUUUUGUCAAGACCUGACGACUUUCCCAAGCCACACCCCGAACCAUUUCGGGAUAGCAUCGUUGGUGGACUUCUCGUCACCGAGGGUCAGAAAUGGAACAAACAUAGAAAAAUUAUCAACCCUGCUUUUAAUCUUCAAAAUCUCAAGAUCAUGUUCUCGGCUAUCCAGUCCUGUUGUAGUGAAAUGGUGUGUAAAUGGGAAUUGCUAACCACCGGAAUCGAUGAUUCCAUUGAAGUUGAUGUAUGGCCUUAUAUUGAUAAUUUGGCGGGUGAUGUGAUUUCACGAACUGCAUUUGGUAGCAACUACGAAGAAGGAAGGAAGAUAUUCCAAAUUCAAAGAGAACAAAUUGAUCUUUUGCACCAAAUGUUGUUCAUGCUUCUUCUCCCCGGAAGAAGGUUCAUACCCACAAGAGCAAACAAGAAAUUUAAUCAAAAUCGCAAGGAGCUUCAAAAUGUACUCAAAGGUAUAAUCGACAAGAAGAAGAAAGCAAUCGAGACAGGAGAAAGUAGUUGUGAUGAUUUACUUGGAAUUCUGUUAGAAUCAAAUUCAAAGGAGAUUGAAGAAAAUGGAAUUGGAAUGAGUAUGGAAGAUGUAAUUGAAGAAUGUAAGUUAUUUUACAUUGCUGGAUCCGACACAACCUCAAAUUUAGUAGUAUGGACCAUGGUCUGUUUAGGAUUACACAAAGAAUGGCAAGUUCGGGCUAGAGAAGAAAUAAAAGAAGUUUUUGGUAAUCGCGAACUUGAUUUUGAAGGACUUAAAAACCUCAAAACUUUGACAAUGAUCCUAUACGAGGUUCUUAGGUUAUACCCACCGGUAAUCAUGACGACACGGGCAACUUUCAAGGAGACAAAGCUAGGAAACAUGAUGAUACCACCAGGUGUGACUUUGGCCUUGGCCAUGAUCCAUAUUCAUCACGAUCGGGAUAUAUGGGGUGAAGAUGCAUCUGAGUUUAAACCUGAAAGAUUCUUGGAUGGAAUUUCGAAUGCAACAAAGGGAAAAGGAUCAAGUCCAUAUCUUCCAUUCUCUAGUGGUCCUCGUGUUUGCAUUGGGCAAAAUUUUGCCAUGACGGAAGCAAAAACUGCGAUGGCAAUGAUACUUAGACGUUUCUCGUUUGAGCUUUCUCCGUCUUACAAACACUCUCCUUUUCCUAUCUUCACUAUGCCACCCCAGUUUGGUGCGCAUUUGAUGCUACGUAACAUAUCAUCGUAGUUUAUCUUAUUUUUUAAUAUGUAAUUUUCGACUUGUAUACCGAAUAAGAUUUAAUAAUUAAUACUAAUAUGUAAAUAAUAUGAUUUUUAGAACC